AUGUCCGGCGAGACAUUCGAGUUCCAGGCGGAGAUUUCGCAGCUCCUGUCCCUGAUCAUCAACACCGUCUACAGCAACAAGGAGAUUUUCCUGCGAGAAUUGAUCUCCAACGCAUCUGACGCCCUUGACAAGAUCCGCUAUGAAGCCCUCUCAGAUCCCAGCAAGCUCGACAGCGGCAAGGAUCUCCGCAUCGACAUCGUGCCCGACAAGGAUGGCAAGACACUCACCAUCACCGACACAGGCAUUGGCAUGACCAAGGCUGACCUCGUCAACAACCUCGGCACAAUCGCCCGCUCAGGCACAAAACAGUUCAUGGAGGCUCUCACCGCUGGUGCUGACAUCUCCAUGAUCGGUCAGUUCGGUGUCGGUUUCUACUCCGCCUACCUGGUCGCCGACCGCGUGACCGUCAUCUCAAAGCACAACGAUGACGAGCAGUACAUUUGGGAGUCCGCCGCUGGUGGUACCUUCUCCAUCAAGCAGGACACCGAGGGCGAGCAGCUCGGCCGCGGUACCAAGAUCAUCAUGCACCUCAAGGAGGAGCAGACCGACUACAUGAACGAGAGCAAGAUUAAGGAGGUCGUCAAGAAGCACAGCGAGUUCAUCUCGUACCCCAUCUACCUUCACGUACUGAAGGAGACCGAGAAGGAGGUGCCUGAUGACGAUGCCGAAGAGACCACCGAGGAGGGCGACGAGAAGAAGCCCAAGGUUGAGGAGGUUGAUGACGAGGAGGAGGAGAAGAAGGAGAAGAAGACCAAGAAGGUCAAGGAGAGCAAGAUCGAGGAGGAGGAGCUCAACAAGACCAAGCCCAUCUGGACCCGCAACCCAUCCGAUAUCAGCCAGGAGGAGUACGGGGCGUUCUACAAGUCUCUCAGCAACGACUGGGAGGACCAUCUCGCCGUCAAGCACUUCUCUGUUGAGGGUCAGCUUGAGUUCCGCGCCAUUCUCUUCGUGCCUAAGCGCGCUCCCUUCGACCUUUUCGAGACCAAGAAGACCAAGAACAAUAUCAAGCUCUACGUUCGUCGUGUCUUUAUCACUGACGAUGCCACCGACCUCGUGCCCGAGUGGCUCAGCUUCGUCAAGGGUGUGGUCGACUCUGAGGAUCUGCCUUUGAACUUGUCCCGUGAGACUCUCCAGCAGAACAAGAUCAUGAAGGUCAUCCGCAAGAACAUCGUCAAGAAGACCCUUGAGCUCUUCAACGAGAUUGCUGAGGACAAGGAGAACUUCGACAAGUUUUACUCCGCCUUCAGCAAGAACAUCAAGCUUGGUAUCCACGAGGACAGCCAGAACCGUCAAUCCCUCGCCAAGCUCCUCCGCUACAACUCGACCAAGACUGGUGGUGAGGAGACUGCCUCGCUCGCCGACUACAUCACCCGCAUGCCCGAGCACCAGAAGAAUAUGUACUACAUCACCGGCGAGUCGAUCAAGGCUGUCGAGAAGUCGCCCUUCCUCGACGCCCUCAAGGCCAAGAACUUCGAGGUUCUAUUCCUUGUUGACCCUAUCGAUGAGUACGCUUUCACUCAGCUCAAGGAAUUCGACGGCAAGAAACUGGUCGAUAUCACCAAGGACUUCGAGCUUGAGGAGACUGAGGAUGAGAAGAAGACGCGUGAGGAAGAGGAGAAGGAGUACGAGUCCCUUGCCAAGUCGCUGAAGAACGUCCUUGGCGACAAGGUCGAGAAGGUCGUUGUGAGCCACAAGCUCGUUGGCGCUCCUUGCGCUAUCCGUACUGGCCAGUUCGGCUGGUCCGCCAACAUGGAGCGUAUAAUGAAGGCACAGGCUCUCCGUGAUACUUCCAUGUCGAGCUACAUGAGCAGCAAGAAGACCUUUGAGAUCUCGCCGCAGAGUUCGAUUAUCAAGGAAUUGAAGAAGAAGGUUGAGAGUGAUGGUGAGAGCGACCGUACCGUCAAGAGCAUCACCACUCUGCUCUACGAGACCUCGCUGCUCGUCUCUGGAUUCACGAUUGAGGAGCCCGCUGCGUAUGCUGAGCGCAUCCACAAGCUUGUUAGCUUGGGCCUGAACGUGGAUGAGGAGGUUGAGACUAGCGAGGAGGCCGAGGCUGCUGAUGCUGCGCCAGAGGGUGACAAGGCGACGGGUGAGAGCGCUAUGGAGGAGGUUGACUAG